AUGGUCUCUGCACUGCGUAGUAGCUCCCGUCAGGGCACUGUCCUUGCUGCAACCUUCAGCGCUGUUGCAGCCUUCCAGGUGCUGGAUGUAGGACCCCCGCGGACAGGAACGCAAACGCUGAAGGUCGCCUUAGAAGCAUACGGCUUCCGGACGCUACACACCAGCUACAACUACACGGCGCGAAUCCCUUGGUGCAACUACCUCUUCGGAGACGGCCCACUCGAAUCAGCUCUUCGCUCCUUAGAUGGGUAUGACGCUGCCAUGGACGAACCUUUCCACCUUGUUUACAGGGAGGUCAUGCAGGCUUUCCCUGACGCCAAGUUUGUGCUGCCUAUGAAGGAUGCAGAUGCCUGGUAUGACAACGUCGUAGCCGCAGGUAGAGACCUCCGCGCGGACCUUGAAGAGGCCACUUCCGGGCACGACGGGCUCUCGGGCUUCGAUUUCUUGGCAGCCAUGACCCUCCGAGUUCCCUCUAUGAGGACCUGCAGCGGUUGCGUCAACUGGGGCUGCGAUUUCUUGAAUGCCACUGGGAAGCCCAACCGUGACCGCUGCGUAGCUUCAUACCGAGAACACGUGGAGAAGGUGAAGGCUACAAUUCCGCCGCAUCGGCUGCUGCUUUUGGACUUUUCCAACGGCUGGGCACCCUUGUCUCACUUUCUGGGGCAGCCCAUACCAGAUCAGCCCUUUCCCUAUGUCGACGAUUUCUUCAGCGACUAG